AUGGAUUGGAUCAACUCCUCUGGUCAUGUGAUCAAUGUGUCUACCUCAUUAGCAAACAGCACUGGUGUUCCAACUCCUGUCCCCAAAACAAUCAUUGCUGCUUCUUUGUUCAUGUCAUUUAUAAUCGGUGCCAUCAGCAAUGGCUUCUAUCUAUGGAUGCUGAAAUUCAAGAUGCAAAGGACUGUCAAUACUCUCUUAUUUUUCCAUCUCAUUCUCUCCUAUCUUAUUUCUACAUUGAUUCUGCCCUUCAUGGCCACCUCCUUCCUUCAGGACAAUCACUGGGCCUUUGGAAGUGUCUUGUGCAAAGUCUUCAACAGCACUCUGUCAGUGAGCAUGUUUGCCUCCGUUUUCUUCCUCUCGGCCAUCAGUGUUGACCGUUAUUACCUCAUUCUUCAUCCAGUGUGGUCCCAGCAGCACCGAACCUUAAGCAGGGCUUCCCGAAUUGCCUCACGAAUCUGGAUUUCUGCCACUAUCCUCAGCAUACCCUAUUUAGUUUUCAGGAAGACACAUGAUGACCAUAAAGGAAGAAUUAAAUGCCAGAAUAACUACAUUGUGUCUAUUGACUGGGAGAGCAAAGAGCAUCAAACAUUAGGACAACAGAUUCAUGCAGCCUUUUUCAUUGGCCGCUUCUUGCUGGGUUUCCUUCUGCCUUUCCUUGUCAUCAUCUUUUGCUACAAACGAGUGGCCACCAAGAUGAAAGAGAAGGGACUUAAAUCCAGCAAGCCCUUCAAAGUCAUGCUGACUGCUGUCAUCUCUUUCUUUGUGUGUUGGAUGCCCUACCAUGUAUACAGUGGCUUGGUCCUCACUAAGAGCCAGCCACUCCCUUUACACUUGACACUGGGACUUGCAGUGGUGACUAUUUCUUUUAAUACUGUGGUUUCUCCCAUUCUCUAUCUAUUCACUGGGGAGAAUUUCAAGGUUUUCAAGAAAUCUAUUCUUGCUCUAUUUAACUCAACAUUCAGUGAUGACUCUUCUAUAGGAAGGACACAAACCCUGAACUUGGAAACUGAAAUUUAAAUUCUGGAUCCUUCGGGCUGGAGUGAUGACUCGGUGAUUAAGAAUCCUUGCUGUUCUUCAAUUGGAAUUCAGUUCCCAACACUCAUAUCUGUCUAUAACCCCCAGUCCCUAGGAAUCUAGCAUCUUUGUCUGGCCUC